UUUUUAGCGCGGGAAAGUGAGGUUUACUUUGGCGCCGCUGAGGAACGGCAGCUUCCCUAAUAUUCUUCAACAAUAUCCAAACCCUAGCCCCGAAUGCUUCUCCGAAAGGAAAAAAUUUGCAGCGAAUCUAUGGAAGGAUCGUCGUCCCUCAAGAUUGUCGGCCGGAAGAGAAAGAAGGCUUCUCCAUCGGCGCCGAAUUCGGAUUCAUUGACAGGAGUUCUUACGCGCAGACGGUCCCAGAUACAUUGCCGCCGGAAUCGGUCGGGGAUGCUUAGGUCUGGUCCAGUUCCCGGGGAACCGUUUCGUGGGAUUCAAUCUGUGAAGCAUUUUCUGAAUACGAUCCGCAUCGAUGCUUCACGUGGCUCGUCUGUUAAAGAUCUUAGGAUGCAUCGUGUUUUCACCCCAGACAUUACUUCGGUUAUUCCGAAAGAGGAGGAGGAGUACAAGGCGGAGAAGGAGCUGUUAACGAGGUCUUCAGAUACGGCUCAUGAUUCAAGUCCAGAUUCAGAUUUAGGCGCAGGUGAUGCGGAGGGGGGUGAGCUUGGCAGAUCGAGGGAAAAUCUAUUGGAAUCACGCGAUGAACCAGAGGGUUCGAAAAUUGGUGUGGACGCGAAGAUUUGCUCGGGAGAGAUUUCUUUUUCUGAAAAUAAAAUGGCUGUCAACAAACUUGUACGGAAGAAGGUUUUCAAGACGCCGAGCUCUUUCAGCUACAGAAGACUGCUUCCGCAUCUGAUGGACAUUCUAAACGAUGAUGACCCUAGUGUUUCAAAAGUUGAACUAGUAGAUGGGGGAAUUUCUCGCGAGUUGCAGAAGUUGGAUAGCGUAAUUUCUGAUACUCCACCGAAAAAUCUUGAUGUUGCAAGUCCUCUGGAGAAUGGAGAGGUUGAAAAGUUACAUGAGGAAAGGUUGUUUAUGGCAACUUGUGAAUUAGAUCAAGCUAAGGAGAUUAUGGGACCUGUGGAAGUGAAAAUAUUAUGUAAUGGGAAAGGUGUUAAUGGUGUCGAUACUACAGCAGAAGAAGAAUGCGAUCAGAUGACACCACCGGAGUUGGAUUUUAUUGCCAAGGGGUUCGGCAACUGUGGAGAUUCUACAGAAUCUGUGCAAGCUGAGAACCAAGAAUUUAAAGGGUUGUCAAAUGGUAGUGAAAGGAACAGCAAGCCUGAUAAUCCAAACCGAUUGGUUCUGAAUCCUUGUUCACAAUUGAGGCUGUUCAAGAAUCCGGGAUCUGUAAGCUACAGAAGACUCCUGCCAUUUCUUAUGGAUAUAUGCAAAGACAAUACCUCAGGCUCGGGGAUAACACAAAGUCCAGUGGCUUUGGUGGAUUCACAAGAAGAGUUGCAAACAGUAUCAUCACCUACCGCCAAACAAAGCGAGAAACACAAUAUAGAGAGUGGGAUGCAAAAUUCAUCGCCUUUCCCAACCCCUCUCCAACCUUUGUCCGAUUUGGUGCCGUGUACUAGUGCUAGAUUGAGUUCAUCAAUGCUGAACUAUACAUCCAAUGUUGAUCCAAAUUUGAUCUCUUCUCAAACACCAAACGAUCCGUGUGGAGUGAACGAUACAAAGAUGGAGGAAACCAUAAAGUCUCAGAUAACUCCCAGAAAGUUGGAAUCAGAUUUUGACAGGGAGAGUAGUAAUCCUCUACCUCCUCCAUCCUCAAUCGAGAAUGAUGAUACCUUAAGUAAGGAGUCUACUUUUGAAAAAUCCACGACCGUUGCAAAGCCAACGAGGCAGUCAUGUGCAGAGUUAGAGUUUCAAAACAACAAUGAAGACUUGGUUUGCAGAAUAGAUUCAAACCAAAAUCUGCCACUAUCCAAAAUACCCAACACCGGUCCUUCCAAGGGAAUAUUAAAGAGAAACCGACUAGGAUGCAGAGGGCUGUGCACUUGUUUGGCUUGUUCAUCUUUCCGUCUCAAUGCUGACAGAGCAUUUGAAUUUUCUCAGAACCAGAUGCAUGAUGCCGAAGAAGUUGCCUCAGUGCUAAUGAAGGAAUUAGCAAACCUUGGUAAUAUGUUGCAGAAAUCUGUUAUUAUUGAAAACGGCCUUAUUACCAGCGGCCUUAGUACCAGCCAACUCAAUCCAGCUGCAAUUAAAGAAGCAUGCGAUAGGGCAAUCGAAGCAGAAAAUCUAGUUAAAGAACGCCUCAGCCAAAUGAAGUACGAUCUCAAUGUUCACUGCAGGAUCCCGGACUUGAUGCCGCCAAGAGUUUAUUUUUCUAAUUGUAUUCAAGAGAGAACUCUAGUAUUAGAUCCUUGUGGUACAGAAAAAAAAGCUCGAGUAAAUUGAAAAUGUCGGCACUUAUGGUCCCUCGGAUACUAAGAGCUUGUUGUCCUGGGCGUGCAUUGUUCAAUUCUGCUCUGAUGUUGGUUUUUUUGCGCUGAGCUACCUUUUUACAACAUAGAUAGCUUUGUAUGUAUGAAUUUGUACCCUCCAUACUCGAGGUUGCAUUGUUGUGAUAAUGGAGUUUAAGUUGAUUGAUUA